AAGAAGUGAAUCUGUGCCGGUGAACGCUUGUGAAUUCAUUUGCGCCUCUGAGACGUUCCAUCUAAUCAAGACAGGCCAGAAAGGCUCAGGUCCUUCCUUUCCAAUCCCCUUCCACUCAAAAAUCUCCUUUCAGCACAAUUAGUGCUGGGCCCAGUUUCUCUGAAGGUGCACACAGAGACCCGUCAAAAUUUCUUUCAUCGAGGACCUUGAAUCUGCGGAGGAAGAAAUCAUGGGUGCAGGAGCCAGUGCUGAGGACAAAAAGUCCAAGGAGCUGGAGAAGCAGCUCCAGGAAGACGCUGAUAAGGAGGCUAAAACAGUCAAACUGCUGCUGCUCGGUGCUGGUGAGUCAGGAAAAAGCACCAUUGUAAAGCAAAUGAAAAUUCUUCAUCAAGGCGGUUACACAAAAGAGGAACAAAUGGAGUUUAGAACAAUCAUCUACGGCAACAUCCUGCAGUCUGCUCUGGCCAUCAUCAGAGGCAUGGAGAUGCUCGGUAUUGACUUCGGCUCGCCCUCAGCACAGGAGGAUGGACAGAAGCUGCAGAACUUGUCAGACUCCAUUGAAGAAGGCACGAUGCCUCCAGAGCUGGCUGAUGUCAUCAAGAAGCUGUGGAAGGACGGCGGCGUGCAGGCCGCCUUCGAGAGAGCUGCUGAGUACCAACUGAACGACUCUGCUGGCUACUACCUCAGUGAAAUGGACAGAAUCUGCCAGCCAGACUACAUGCCCACUGAGCAGGAUGUGCUGCGGUCUCGAGUCAAAACAACCGGUAUCAUCGAAGAACAGUUCUCCUGCAAAGAGCUGCAUUUCAGGAUGUUUGAUGUGGGAGGUCAGAGGUCAGAGAGGAAGAAGUGGAUCCACUGUUUCGAGGGUGUGACUUGCAUUAUCUUCUGUGGAGCUCUCAGUGCGUAUGACAUGGUGCUCGUAGAGGACGACGAAGUGAAUCGUAUGCACGAGUCCCUCCAUCUAUUCAACAGCAUCUGCAACCACAGGUUCUUUGCUUUGACCUCCAUCGUGCUUUUCCUCAACAAGAAGGAUCUUUUUGAAGAGAAGAUCAAGAAAGUUCAUCUGAGCAUCUGCUUCCCAGACUAUGAUGGCCCCAACACGUACGACGAUGCCAGCAACUACAUCAAGACACAAUUCUUGGAUCUGAACAUGAAGAAAGGUCAAAAAGAAAUCUACUCUCACUUGACCUGUGCCACAGACACAAAGAACGUCGAGAUCGUGUUCAACGCCGUGACAGACAUCAUCAUCAAAGAAAACCUUAAAGACUGUGGUCUUUUCUAAGCAGCUCCCGAGAACUUCCCUUUUUGACCUCAACCCCUUACACAUCAACAUUGAAAAAACAAGUGAUGGAGCGCAGGAGAUCCUCAGACUGUUGUGCUUUUGCCAUCGUCUCCAUGCCAAGUUGUGGUCCUCGAAAGCUCCAACAGCAUCCCACCCCGCUCCCCUCCCACGGUUGAUCCCUGCAACGCGCUGCAUGUCCGGCUGGUUUGAAACAAACUAUAUCCACCCCAGCAGCACUGUGAAUUUACAGUUUUCUACCAGAUAAACCGUUUGUUCCCACACCUUAAGGUUUGAAGACACAAAGAUGAAAUAGCUGCUUCUUCGACACUCCGUGUGUCCUUUUAAGUACUUAUUUGUAAAUUAACUUUACCAUUAAAUCCAUCAGGAACAAAUAAAUUAAUUUGAAUAGUUACAUUGCAAUCUUUUGUUUGUUUUUCGAGUGUUGUAGUUUCUGUGAUUCUGGUGUUUAAACUGAAAAGGUUGCUGAGCAAAUACCUCCGAUAUUCCCAAAGCUUGCAGCAUAAUCCAAAUUACAAACCCAAAUGUGCUUGUAUCUAAUCUAAUUAGCGUAAACGUAUUGAAUUCCCUUAACAUUUCAAUGUGAUAAAUAACUGUCACCUCACUGAGCAUGGUAGAGCAGCUUUGUAAAUAAGAGUAGAUAAAUUAUAUUUGAAAAAAAUACAAUUAUAUGGAAAUGUAUGAGAGAGGGAAACUAGAGGGUUGAUGCUUUAUUAUGAAAAAGGAGAGACAAUUUACUGUGUUCUUUCUUAUGAAUUGUAGCGGCAUGAAAUAAAAAUGCAUUAACUUCA